AUGUCUUCUCUGGGGAAGAAGGAGACAGAGCCGUCGAUGUCGAUGUCGAUGGAAUCAACCCCAAAUCCGUCGCUUCCGGAGGAUUUGCUAUUGAGCUGCUUCGCACGCGUCUCUAGAUUGUAUUAUCCGACUCUCUCCCUCGUCUCCAAGCGUUUUCGAUCUCUCCUUACUUCACCGGAGCUUUACAAGGCCCGUUCACUCUUGGGCCAUACCGAAACUUGUCUCUAUGUGUGCUUGGGGUCCUAUCCGCGUUCUCGCUGGUACACUCUCUGCCUAAAGCCUAAUCAAACCCUAACUUGUGACACAAGUGAGGAUGAGAAAAAGAAGAAGAAUGAGUCAAGUGGGUAUGUUUUGGCUAGAGUCCCAAUUCCAAGCUCUCCUCGUGUGCGCUUUCCGGGUCUCGUGGCGGUUGGUUCUGAUAUCUACGUAUUUGAAGAAGAGAGACCCUACUUUGAAAUAAAGAAAGAACGCUCCUCUAACGUCUGGAUUCUAGAUUGCCGGACUCACACGUGGCGCGAGGCUCCAAGCUUGCCGGUGAAGCUAUUGACACUUUCCGCUAGCUUUCUUAAUGGAAAGAUAUAUGUAGCAGGAAGUAGCUGGUCCUGGAAGAACACAGUUGAGGUUUUCAACACAAAAACACAGAUUUGGGACACUGAGAGCUUCACCGGCUGCGAUUUUUAUGACUCGAGAAGCACAUGUAUUGACGGAAUGUUCCACGUGUUGCAGAAGAGGGGAGAGGCGGUUGCUCACAAUUCCAAAAAAGGUAGAUGGUACUUAGUUGGAGGAGAGAUGGAUUAUCAUAAGAUUUAUUGUUCUUAUUGCGAGAUAGAGAAUGUUAUGUACUCUAUUACUUCUAACCGAGUAUUGAGAUGGUAUGACACUGAGGUAAGCAAGUGGAGAUGUUUGACGGGUUUGGAAGGACUACCUAAGAUCCCUCUUGGCGCUUGUGUUAGAUUGGCUGAUUAUGGUGGAAAGCUUGUGGUUUUGUGGGAAGAGUAUCAUUAUGAUUUGAGGCAACGUGUCGGCUAUAAGAAGAUUUGGUGUGCGGAGAUUGCGCUUGAAAGACGGCAAGGACCUGAGAUUUGGGGAAAAGUUGAGUGGUUUGAUCAUGUGCUUACAGUCGAAUCAUGUGAUCUCGUCAAGGUUCUUUCUGUUUCUCUUUGA